UUCUCUGACAGGAACUGGGCAGCAUCUAAAUGUGUCUUUUUUGAUUUUGUUAUCUUUUUACAUAGAGCAUAUCUUGUGAAAACAGAAAUAUCCAUGUAAUGGUUUUCUGUUGUAGUGACCUUUUGAAAUUGCUUGAGCAACAUAGAGAUAAUGGACAGGGGUCCCUGUGUCAAGCACCUAGAGGCUGGAAAGCUGAUGGCAAAGCUGGAGGGUGAGGUAGGGAGAGGACAAACACAGUGCAAAUGCAGGAAGAAAGCUGUGCUCUGUAUUGGCCUAAUUACAAGGACCUGCACUACAGCCAGAAUCCGCCAGCAAAUGCAGAGAUAAGCUUUUGCAAAGAAACUAAAAGAAAGGGAAAAGAGGAAGUAAAGAAAAGAUCUCUUUCCAGAUAGGGAACCAGCUGGAGACUUAAGAGUAAGGAACAUCCCAUUUCCUGUUUGUGAUUAUUCCUCAAGCCUGAAUGACAUGAUCGUUUCCUCCCCUGAGCUAACAGUCCAUGCGGGUGAUUCAGCUCUGAUGGGAUGUGUUCUCCAGAGCACAGAAGACAAACGCAUGAUCAAGGUAGACUGGAUGCUGUCAUCAGGAGAGCACGCCAAGGAUGAAUACGUGCUGUACUAUUACUCCAAUCUCAGUGUGCCCACAGGGCGGUUCCAGAGCCGCGCACGCUUGGUGGGGGACGUCUCACGCCAUGAUGGUUCUCUCCUGCUCCAAGAUGUGCAAGAGGCUGACCAGGGAACCUAUACCUGCGAAAUCCGCCUCGAAAAGCAGAGCCAGGUGUUCAAGAAGGCGGUGGUGCUGCACGUGCUCCCAGAGGAGCCCAAAGAGUUCAUGGUCCGUGUGGGUGAAUUGACUAAGAUGAGAUGUGUUUUCCAGAGCACAGAAGAAAAGCACAUGACCAAGGUAGAAUGGAUGUUUUCAGGACAGCGUGCCAAGGAGGAGAUUGUGUUACGCUACUCCCACAAACUCGGGAUGACUAGGGCGUACUCCCAGAGCUGGGGCCACUUCCAGAAUCGUGUGGAACUGGUUGGGGACCUUUUCCACAAUGAUGGUUCCAUCAUGCUUCAAGGAGUGAGGGGGUCUGAUGGAGGAAACUACACCUGCAGUAUCUACCUAGGGGACCUGGUGUUCAAGAAAACCAUCGUGCUGCAUGUGAACCCGGAACAGCCUCGAACACUGGUGACCCCGACAGCCCUGAGGCCUGUGGUCCUGGGUGGUAAUCAGCUGGUGAUCAUCGUGGGGAUUGUCUGCACCACAAUCGUGCUGCUCCCUGUUCUGAUAUUGAUCGUGAAAAGGACCUGUAGGAAUAAGAGUUCGGUGAAUUCUACAGUCUUGGUGAAGAACACGAAGGAGACUAAUCCAGAGAUGAAAGAAGAACCCCGCUAUUUUGUCCGCUAUGAAGGGGAGAAAAACAUUUACUCCUCAAUAACUACUCGGGAGGUGACUGAGGAAGAAAAACCAAGUGAAAACUCAGAGUCCGCCUACAUGACCAUGCAUCCAGUUUGGCCUUCUCUGAGGUCAGAUCAGAACUCACUUGAAAAAAAGUCAGGUUGGGGAAUGUCAAAAACACAGCAAGCCUAUUGAGAAGAAUGGAGAUUCCCUUCAUCUCAGCAGUGGCAGAGACUCUCCUCUGUGUGUCCUGGGCCGCUCUACCAGUGAAUUCAGACUCCCAGCCUCUCAGCUGUCCUCCUGUCUUGUUUGGUCAAAGCGCUGAAGAUGGAGAGUUUGGGCCUGGCAGAGAGACUGAACAGCUCUGGAGGAACAGGCUUUGAUGACGGGAGGGGAGCAUGGACUUGGCCUCUGGAAUGGGACACUGGCCCUGGGAACUGGGCUGAGCUGAAUGGCCUCAAGCCCCCCAUUGGAUCAGACCCUCCUGUGAGCUGUGUUUUUAGUGGAUGAGUUACUGAGAAGAAGCAGAGAUAAAAACCAACCCAAAUCA